CUAUACAUCACGAACGAGUGUUCGCUCAACAUGAGCUUUUUAGCUAGCAUGAUGUAUACCAAGGCUAUCUAUGACAAGGUAUGCUAACGAUUGUCAUCGAUGACGUCUCCUGACGUCGCCUUCUCGAAGCCGACGAUUUAAAAUACACCGUCGGAACUCUUGUUUCGGGAUCCAAACAACGGUGACACUCACAAAAGGGGUUCGAAGCUUUCACAAAAUAAGAAUUGGGCCAGAGUAUUGUGUUAUUCUGGCGGUUUGACCUGAUGUUUUUUGUAGCCAUCACCUCACCGAGCCGCUUACGUCCACACAAGUAGGGACGUCAGCAACCCGCCGCACGUAUUACGACUUCCUCCAAAACAACAAAAAAUAAGGUAUUAUAUUCAAGCCUGACAUGGAGGGUAAACAUCCACCUGGUUUUGGGCCAUCUAUGCCCCACUCAUCCAGGAGAUCUCCAGAGCAUAGACAAUCAAUUGGAAGUCACAGGCAAGAACUACCUCCUGAAAGAAAAGGUUCUAGGAAUAAACAGAAGGGCCUCUACUCGGAUGUCUUUACUACUUUAAUGUUCAAGACUUGUGCAGAGGAACCAGACACCCAGCAGAGGUCACCCACUGCAGAGUUCAGCGAUUGUGAUGCAAGAGAGGGCACAAGCUCACAGUCCCCAUUUGCCCAAUACAUGUUUGAUGACAAAGAUUAUUAUGGACCAUGCUCAAAGGAAUUACUCACCUCAUACUUCAGCCAUGGUGGAGAUACACCCAAAGUCCAGAUGCCCUACAAAACCGUUAGUGGCAAAAUCCCUCGUGAUUUAAAAAAAGAACGGUGUCGAAGGGAAUAUUUGAAGCUUAACUUCGAAGAACUUCUGGCAGAAAAAAAUAUUGACUCUAACCUUCUAAUGCCACGUUGUUUGGGCAGUAGUGAUGAGCAGUCUCUUCUGUCACCCUAUCUUCCACUUGAGAUAUUUGACAAUGAAGAGUUUGAUUGUCGCACUGUAAAAGACUGGCUUUCCCUGGGAAAACCUCUAGGAGCACCGGAUCAAAAACCAAUUCCUGCAAAAGCGUUACUACCUACAGAUGAUGCAGUAUUUGACGACGAUCAACCUCCCCCAUCACUUGAGUACAGCUGGCAUUUAGUGGGAGUUCUUGACUACAAUAAGGAGAAAUGUCAGUACUUGGUAGAAAAGGUUAUCCAAAACAGCAGGCUAAAAGAGAAAGGAGUGAGCUGCCUGCAAACAGGCAAUAGGCACUGGGUACCCAGAAUCAGGUUGUUGUUCAGCGCUGAGGACCCACGAGUCUUUGUCCAGCGGAUCCAGUUUGCCAUGCACCUACGAGAGAAAACAGAAGCCCUCAUCCUGUAUAACUUGACUGUUGACUGCAUGCCUAUCUGGAAGGAAACGCCAUCUCUUGAUCCACAGUGUCUCUACCGUAUCAAAAGAUGUGCCCGCUUAAGCCAUGGCCUUAAACUGGAUAUUGUUCAAAAGUUCAUAGAAGGACUGGGGAAGGAGAUAAAGUUGGAUUAUGACCGUACUAUGAAUCGCUUCAUCCUGGAUAAAAUGAUAAAAAGCGACCCACGGGAGUUUUCCCACAUCAGGGUGCCACAGAAGGAACCUGAGCAUGUUCCACUUAAAGGAUGUGUAACACUUCCUGACUUUAACUAUAAGAAGAACCAAGCUGCAUUCUUCACCAAGUCCAUGCUGACAGAGCCUCAAGUGAUCUGCACAUUAUCCGAAAUAAGGUUUGAGUGCAACAAACUAGCAACCAUGAAACUAUUCAACGUCUCCUUAACCAAACCUCUGCGGCUGGAUGAGUUCGAAGCAAACCAGGCCCAAAUGCAGACUCAGAUUAGCUUGUUUCUUCGCGAGGCAUGGAUGCUCACCGUGACGUACAGCCUCCGUCACAACAUCAGCAAUAUUGGCAAAGGCGCGUACAACAUGAACGAGACGAAAUGGGACAUGUACAAGGUUUCCAAGCUGAACAAACUGAUGGCUGUGGUGCACUACACCCUGCAGGACUCCCUGCGCAACCUUGUAGAGGACUCAUUGGCCUGCCUGAGCAAGCUGAUUUUGGACGCAUGCUGCAGUGUGAUGACAUGCCCUGACGACCUGGUGUGGGGGGACGAUCACAUCACAAGCCCCUACAAGCCAAAGAACAAGCCUCUGUUCCAGGUAGACUUGAUUUUGAGUGAGACUGGCGUACAUUACAGCACACCUCUGGAGAAUUUUGAGACCUGUAUUUUAAACCUAUUCAACGAGGGCAUCCUGGCCACGCACAACAUACCAAUGCUGGAUAAGUUUUUGAUGACGUGCUUGUUAUUUGGUGACGAGCCUGUGCUGGAGUCAGUCAAUCUAUGCGAGCCAAAAGUAACAAAGUUGAGAGGGAUGAUCUGCAUGGCUCUCAAGAAAGCGAUCAUACCCCUCAAAGCUUACGCUGUUGAAUUCACAAAGUACAUUGAGCUUUACAACUUGGACAUAGCAGCGUACUUCACAUCCAGUAGUGAUGAUGAGAAGUCAUCCAAGGUAGUGAAAAAGGAAGUGGAACAGCAUAUCAAAGAAAAGGAACAUCUCCUAGUCUCCCUGCCAUCCUCCAUUAUUAUAGGUGCAUUUAUUGUGCAUGUUGAGGGAGUACGUCAGGCUCUGUUAAAUAAAUCAAAGGCUUUAGCCAUUGCAACCCUGGAGCAUCACGCUGACAAGCUCAGAAAGCAAAUAGACGAGGAGUGCGAUGAGUUCAGCACGAUUAGUUACACGCUAAGCGACCGUCCCAACAGCAUUGAGGAUCUGACAGACAAGAGGGAAUGGAUAAAACAAGUCCCUGACCAGCUCAAGAGUUGCAAGGAGCGUCUAACAAAGAUUUUAUCAGAGUAUGAGCUAUUUGAAGAAUUCUACUACCCCUUAUCAAAUGAUGAUUUUAAUCAAAAGUGGAAAGCUAUUGAGUGGCCACAAAAAAUCAUCGGACAGAUGGAAGAUGUAACCAAACAACUUGUUGAAGAAGAGGAGCGCUUCAAGAAGAUCCAGAUAACUGACCAAGAUGUGUUUGAGCAGCGCCUUGAAGCUCUACAGAUGUUGGUUGGCAAGUUCACGGUUUAUUCAGAUGUUGAUCAUGCCACGGAGGUGGCCAACGAGGUGAAGCGUGUAAGCAAGGAACUGAAAGAGUGCCAGGGUUUGGCUCAGACCUACAACACCAGAGAACGUUUGUUCGGUUCUCCGGUCACUAAUUAUGAUCGUCUGCAGAGAAUGGCAAAGGAAUUUCAGCCGUUCUUUGACCUCUGGACCACUACCUUCAAUUGGAUCAAUAGGCAUGAGAGCUGGCUCAACGACCCGCUGUGUACCAUUGACCCUGAGCUGCUUGAGCGAAAUGUUACAGAAGCCUUAGAUACCAUGCAUAAAUGUAUCAAACAGUUCAAAGAUAAUCCUGAUUGCCAAAUGGUGGCAUCUGUCAUCCUUACCAGGAUUGAGGCCUUCGGUCCUUACGUUCCUCUGGUUCAGGGUCUGAGGAACCCAGGGAUGAGAAUGCACCACUGGAAGGCGCUUUCAGAUACCAUUGGGAUAAAAAUCAUGCCCAAAGCCAAUCUUACCUUGUCCCGCUGCUUGGAAAUUGGCCUACAAAGUCACAUGGAUGCAAUAACCCAAGUAGCUGAGACGGCUGGGAAAGAGUACAUCAUUGAGCAGGCCCUGGAAAAGAUGAAAAACGAAUGGUCAGGUAUUCUCUUCGAUCUGAUGCCUUACAAGGACACUGGCACCUACAUCCUGAAGAGUCCCGAUGAAGCAUUACAGCUGCUGGAUGACCAUAUUGUCAUGACACAAAGCAUGUCCUUCUCACCCUAUAAGAAGGCAUUUGAGGCUGAAAUCAACAAAUGGGAGGGCAAACUCAGAACAACUCAAGACGUGCUGGAAGAGUGGCUGCUCUGUCAGGGCUCAUGGUUGUACCUGGAGCCUAUCUUCAGCUCGGACGAUAUCAAUGAGCAACUGCCCGUGGAGGGACAGAGAUACCAACAAAUGGAAGAAAUAUGGAAAAGAAUAAUGAAAAAUGCUUAUGAUAACCCAAAAAUAAUUGAGUUCUGCCCGGGUCCCCAUCUGCUAGACAAGCUGAAAAAGUGCAAUAUACUUUUGGAACAGGUGCAGAAGGGGCUCAGCGAAUACUUGGAGAUAAAGCGAGACGCCUUUCCGAGGUUCUACUUCCUGUCAGAUGAUGAGCUUCUGGAGAUUCUGUCUCAGACCAAAGAUCCCACUGCUGUACAGCCACAUUUGCGCAAAUGCUUUGAGAACAUUGCACGACUUAAAUUCCAGCCAGAUCUACUGAUAACACAUAUGUACUCUGGAGAGGGAGAGGAAGUGAUGCUGGCUCUGACUGUUUCACCUACUGGGAAUGUGGAGGAUUGGCUGAGGGAUGUGGAAAGAUCUAUGAAGGCUACAGUCAGGGAUUACGUUGAACGCUCACUUAAAGUUUACCCGAAGGAACCUCGUGAAAAGUGGGUUUUAUCAUGGCCUGGACAAGUGGUAAUAGCCGGCUGUCAGGUCUUCUGGACGUUGGAGGUGUCCGAGGCUUUGGAGGAAGGGGACUUGGCCGACCGUCUUUAUCCGCAGCUGCAGACACAGUUGGGAAACUUGGUUCAGCUGGUGAGAGGGGGCGUGUCAAAAAUGCAGCGAGCAGUGUUGUCUGCCCUCAUUGUCAUUGAGGUGCACGCGAAAGAUGUAGCAGCCAAACUGGUGGAGCAGGCGGUGUCAAGUGUCAAUGACUUUGAAUGGAUUAGUCAGCUCAGAUAUUACUGGGCCAGAGAGGAUUUGUACAUCCGAGCGGUGAAUGCAGAGUUCUUGUAUGGAUAUGAAUACCUUGGAAACUCUGGACGACUGGUCAUCACACCACUCACAGACAAAUGCUACCUGACCUUGACUGGAGCUCUCCACCUCAAGUUUGGAGGCGCUCCCGCAGGUCCAGCAGGCACAGGAAAGACAGAAACCACUAAAGAUCUGGGAAAGGCUCUUGCCAUCCAAACAGUGGUCUUUAACUGCUCUGACCAGUUGGAUUUUAUGGCAAUGGGCAAGUUCCUCAAAGGCUUGGCCAGCUCUGGUGCCUGGGCAUGUUUCGAUGAGUUUAAUCGUAUUGAUGUGGAGGUGUUGUCUGUGGUGGCACAACAGAUCACCACAAUACAAAAGGCUCAACAACAAAGGGCAGAGAGAUUUGUUUUUGAGGGUUCUGAGAUCCCACUUGUCCCUUCCUGUGCUGUAUUCAUUACCAUGAAUCCUGGUUAUGCUGGCCGCACAGAGUUGCCAGACAAUCUCAAGGCCCUGUUUCGUCCAGUAGCCAUGAUGGUCCCAAACUUUGCCAUGAUUGCUGAGAUCUCGUUGUACUCAUUUGGUUUCAGCGAUGCCAAAGUCCUCUCUCAGAAGAUAACAAGUACUUUCACUCUCUCCUCUGAACAGCUUAGCUCUCAGGAUCACUAUGAUUUUGGAAUGAGGUCUGUGAAGUCUGUCAUCUCAGCUGCUGGGAAUCUGAAAAGAGAAAAUCCUAAUAUGAAUGAGGUUUGGCGUGGUAUUCUAUCUAUAAAGAAUCACAUACACAGUUCACAGCUACUUUUAAACAAUCCCACCAACUCACAGGAGUUGAUCUGCCUGCGGGCCAUCAAAGAUGUCAACGUGCCUAAAUUUUUACGCGAGGACCUGAAGCUCUUUAAUGGCAUCGUGUCCGACCUUUUUCCAAAGACUAAACAGGAGCCAAUUGAUUAUGGCACACUUGAGGAAUCGAUGCGUAAUAUAUGCUGUAAGAUGAACCUAAAAGAUGCGAAUGAAUACAUUGGUAAGUGUAUUCAGCUGUAUGAGACUACUGUGGUGAGACAUGGCCUUAUGUUAGUGGGACCGUCUGGAUCAGGUAAAACCAAGUGUUAUGAGGUUCUUGGUGCAGCGAUCACAGCGCUAAAGGGUGAGCCCUCUGUCAGCGGUGAUUUGUAUGAGGCAGUUCAGACGUAUGUGCUCAACCCCAAGUCGAUCACCAUGGGGCAGCUUUACGGGGAAUAUGACUUGCUCACUCACGAGUGGACAGAUGGCAUCCUCUCGUCUUUAAUCCGGAUGGGUACAUCAGUAAUGGACAACGAUAAAAAGUGGUACAUGUUUGAUGGUCCUGUAGAUGCCGUUUGGAUUGAGAACAUGAACACUGUGCUGGAUGACAACAAAAAACUUUGCCUUAGUUCUGGAGAAAUCAUCAAGCUCUUGGAUACCAUGACUAUGAUGUUUGAGGUGCAGGACUUGGCCGUGGCAUCACCAGCUACAGUGUCUCGCUGUGGUAUGAUCUACCUAGAGCCCAGUAUUUUGGGCCUUGUCCCCUUUACAGAAUGUUGGCUCAGGCAGAUCCCCAAAGUCAUGACACAGUUCACAGAGCAACUCACUUCCCUGUUUGAGAGGUUCUUGCAGGACUCUAUCAAUUUUGUUCGCACAUCAGUAAAGGAGGUCAUCACGUCACUUGACAGCAAUCUCACCUUUAGUCUUCUCAAACUUAUGGACUGCUUCUUCAAUCCAUUCAACUUUAGUGAGGAUGACAAGCCACCACCCCGAAAUAAACUGGAGCGUUUGAAGGAGCUGAUUGAGCCUUGGUUCAUUUUCUCCCUGGUGUGGAGUGUCGGUGCCACAGGAGACGGUCCCAGUGGCCAGCGCUUUAGUGCCUGGCUCAAAAACAAGAUGGUAGAAGAAAAGGUUCAUUUAUGUUUUCCAGAAGAUGGUCUGGUGUAUGACUACAGGCUUGAUGACGCAGGGAUAAGUCGUUGGAAUGACGAGGAAGAGGAUAACAAGAACAGACAGGUUCAGUGGGUCAAAUGGGUGAAUGAUGCAAAGAAUGUUUUAAUCACUCCAGAUACAAGUUAUUCUGACAUCAUUGUUCCCACUGCGGACACAGUGAGAAUGACUUUUCUCAUGCAUAUGCUUUUGUCCAAUAUGAAGCCUUUGCUUUGUAUCGGGCCCACUGGCACAGGAAAGACACUUGCUUUGUCUGACAAGCUGCUAAAAAAUAUGCCUGGGCAAUACAUCACACACUUCCUCAUGUUCUCAGCCCGCACAUCAGCCAACCAGACUCAAGAUUUUAUAGACAGCAAGCUAGAUAAAAGGCGGAAAGGUGUAUUUGCGCCUCCUAAGGGCAAGUACUUCAUCUUCUUCAUUGAUGACCUAAACAUGCCAAUGUUGGAGACCUACGGCGCCCAGCCCCCCAUUGAACUGCUGCGACAGUGGAUGGACCACGCUGGCUGGUAUGACAGGAAGCAAAUCGGGGCUUUUAAGCAAAUAGUGGAUAUCAAUUUUGCCUGUGCCAUGGGGCCGCCAGGUGGAGGACGGAACCCCAUCACACCGCGCUUCACACGCCACUUUAGUUUUCUAUCCUUCACUGAACUGGAGGAUGCCAGCAUGAAAAAGAUUUUCUCUACAAUUCUAGGCAGUUGGAUGAAUGGAAGCAUGAGUAAAAAGAAUCCAGGAAGAUCAGUGCCAGAAAUUGUGCCACUGAACAACUCAAUCGUCAAAGCCACUAUCCACGUCUACGCUACUAUUUGCUCUCAGCUUCUCCCAACUCCUGCAAAAUCUCAUUACACAUUCAACCUCAGAGACCUGUCCAAGGUCUUCCAGGGUAUCCUCAUGGCAGAGACUACCAUGGUAGAGAACAAAGAAAUGCUGCUUCAGCUGUGGUACCACGAGAACUGCCGGGUUUUCCAGGACCGCUUGGUGUGUGCGGAAGACAGGGACUGGUUCAACAGCGUCCUUAAGGGCUGUAUUGAGGAGUUUGGCUGCAAGUAUGAAGAAGUUGUGCCGUGCCAGCCUAUCUUAUACGGGGAUUUCAUGAUUCCCGGUGCACUCCACAAACUUUACACAUUCAUAGACGACAAGGAAAAGUUGGAAGAUAUUAUGGUGGAAUACAUGGAAGACUACAACCAAAACUGCACGCCCAAGAUGAAGCUUGUGCUCUUCAUGGAUGCCAUCCAGCAUGUGUGCCGAAUCAGUCGUGUCCUGCGCCAGCCGCUUGGCAAUGCCCUCCUCCUUGGAGUUGGUGGCAGCGGGCGACAGUCCCUCACAAAGCUUGCAUCAUAUAUAUCCGAGUAUAAGUGUUUCCAGAUUGAGCUGUCCAAGAACUAUGGUCAACUCGAGUGGCGGGAGGACAUUAAAAGCAUCAUGCUGAAGGCUGGCAUUCAUAACCAGCAGAUCACAUUUCUCUUUGUGGAUACACAGAUUAAAAGUGAGUCAUUCCUGGAAGACAUCAACAGCAUUUUGAACUCCGGCGAUGUUCCCAACUUGUAUGCAUCAGACGAACAGGAGCGCAUCCUGGCAGCAAUGAAGCCAGUGGUGCAAGAGUUGGCUCAGCAGCCAACCAAAGCCAAUCUUAUGGCUGCCUACCUUAAAAGAGUCCGUAGCAACAUCCACACUGUACUCUGCAUGAGUCCUAUCGGGGAGGUGUUUCGUGCACGACUGAGGCAGUUUCCCUCACUGGUAACAUGUUGCACCAUAGACUGGUUCAGUGCUUGGCCAGAUGAGGCCCUGCAAGCCGUGGCCACGUCAUUUCUUAAUGAACUACAUGAGCUAGAUGCUAGCCCUGCUGUCAUGGAUGGACUGACAAGCAUGUGCAUGAAGAUCCACCAAAGUGUAGCCAAGAAGUGUGAACAGUUUCUUGCUGAGCUUUCUCGACAAAACUAUGUCACACCAAAGAGCUACUUGGAACUACUCAACAUCUUCUCGGAUCUCAUUGGACGCAAGAAACAGGAGCUGUGUCGUGCUCGGCAGCGCAUGAGUACUGGUCUGGACAAGCUUCUUAGCACAGCAGAGGACGUGAGUAAGAUGCAAGAGGAGCAGGAGUUGAUGAGACCUCUUUUGGAGGAGGCUGCAAGGGAAACUGAGAUGACAAUGGAGACCAUCAAAAAAGACUCUGUGAUUGCAGAGGAGACUCGAAAGUCAGUGCAAGAAGAGGAAGCCAAAGCUUCAGAGAAAGCCCGUGUAGCAGGAGAGAUCGCCAGCGAUGCGCAGAGAGACCUGGAUGAGGCGUUGCCAGCCCUCGAGUCUGCUCUCACCAGUCUCAAGUCACUCAACAAGGGAGACGUCACUGAGGUGCGAGCCUUGCAACGCCCUCCUCAUGGGGUAAGGUUGGUAAUUGAGUCUUUGUGCAUCAUGAGGGAAGUCAAACCUAAGAAGGUGGCUGGAGAAAAACCUGGAACCAAGGUUGAUGACUACUGGGAACCUGGCAAGGUUUUGCUGCAGGAUCCUGCAAAGUUUCUGGACAGCCUUUUUAACUAUGAUAAGGAUAACAUCCCAGAAAAAGUGAUUGCUCUAGUGCAGCCCUACAUAGACAAUGACGACUUCCAACCAGCUGCCAUUGCCAAGGUUUCCAGAGCCUGCACUUCAAUUUGCCAGUGGGUUCGAGCCAUGCAUCUUUAUCACUUUGUAGCCAAGGGCGUUGAACCUAAACGGCAAGCUCUCAAGGCAGCCCAAGAGGAAUAUGAUGAGUCCCAGAGGAGUUUGAAAGCUGCUAAAGAAAAGCAGGAGGCUGUGGAGAGUGGUAUUGUUGCAUUGCAAGUCAAGUACCAAGACUGCUUGGCCAAGAAAAAUGAACUGGACCACAAGUUUCAACUGUGUGAGAUACGCCUUGUUCGGGCAGACAAGCUUAUAGCCGGCCUGGCAGAUGAGAAAACACGCUGGAAAGAUACUGUGCAACAUCUGGAAUACAUGGUCAAUAAUGUUUCAGGUGAUGUAUUGCUGUCUGCAGGAUAUGUAGCAUACCUGGGACCCUUCACGGGAGAGUACAGGGCUGCCUUGGCAGAGGAGUGGCUGCAAUGUUUCAAGAAGCUAAAUGUUCCACACACUGAUGCACCCAGUCUCAUGACCACCCUUGGUGAUCCUGUUAAGAUUCGCUCCUGGCAGCUAUCAGGUUUGCCUAAGGACAACCUUUCAGUGGAGAAUGGUGUGAUUGCCCAGUAUUCUCUCCGCUGGGCGCUCUUCAUUGAUCCUCAAGGACAAGCCAACUCUUGGAUCAAAACCAUGGAGAAGGACAGUGGAUUGGAGAUUAUAAAGCUCAGUGACCGGGAUUUCCUACGCAGUCUCGAUAAUGCAAUUCGCUUUGGUAAACCCUGCUUACUUGAGAAUGUAGAAGAAGACCUGGACCCUGCUCUAGAACCUGUACUGUUACAGCAGACAUUUAAAGAGCAAGGCACCUUAAAAUUGAAGCUGGGCGAUUCAACCAUUCCCUACCACAAGAGCUUCAAGUUCUACAUCACCACCAAGCUACCAAACCCGCACUACUCUCCAGAGAUUUCCACUAAAGUCACCCUCAUCAACUUCACGCUGUCACCAAGUGGUUUGGAAGACCAGCUUCUGGCCCAGGUGGUGGCAGCGGAGCGACCAGAGCUGGAAACGGCUAAGAACCAGCUGAUAGUCAGCAAUGCCAAAAUGAAGCAGGAGCUGAAAGAUAUUGAAGAUGAGAUCUUGUUCCGCCUCAGCUCCACAGAGGGAAACCCAGUGGACAAUGAAGAGCUCAUCCAAGUGCUGGAAGCUUCUAAAGUCAAAGCUGGUGAGAUCCAGGCCAAAGUGAUUGUGGCAGAGGAGACAGAGAAGGACAUAGACGCCACACGUCUGGAGUAUGUGCCCGUGGCUGUGCGCACACAGAUUCUCUUCUUCUGUGUCUCAGACUUGUCCAAUGUUGAUCCCAUGUACCAGUACUCUCUGGAGUGGUUCCUUGGCAUUUUCAUGGUUGGCAUCACCAAUGCUGAGCGAGCAGACACUGUGGAGAAGCGAAUCGCCAAUAUCAAUGAAUACUUCACCUUCAGCUUGUACUGCAAUGUGUGUCGCAGCUUGUUUGAGAAACACAAACUUAUGUUUGCGUUUCUCCUUUCUGCUCGCAUCCUAAUGAACGAUGGGGAAAUUGACAUGGCUGAGUGGCGUUAUCUGUUAUCUGGCGGGAUGGCGAGCCAGGAACUUCCCAACCCAGCCAUAAGAUGGCUGUCUGACCGGGCCUGGAAGGACAUUCUGGGCCUGAGUGGACUGGAGACUUUCAGUGACUUGGCAUCGACCUUUGACAAACAUCUGCAAGGCUUCAAGGACAUUUUUGACAGCAACCUUCCUCACAGGGAGCCUCUCCCUGGAGAGUGGGAUAGUAAGCUAGACAGCUUUCAAAAGCUGUUAGUUCUGCGCUGCCUGAGGGCUGACUGUCUCAUUCAAGGCAUACAGGACUUUGUGUCUACUAAACUUGGACAGCGCUUCAUAGAACCUCAGACAUCAGACCUGGCUGUGGUCUUCAAGGAGUCUUCGCCCUCCUCUCCCCUCAUCUUUGUUCUGUCUCCUGGCACUGACCCGGCUUCUGAUCUCUACAAGUUUGCCGAUGUUAUGCACUUUUCAAAGAAAAUGAGUGCCAUCUCCCUUGGGCAAGGCCAGGGCCCCUUGGCUGAAGCCUUGAUGCGCACUGCCAUGGACAGAGGUCAGUGGGUCUUCUUUCAGAACUGUCACCUGGCACCCAGUUGGAUGCCGUCACUGGAGCGCCUUAUUGAGAACAUUGACCUGAAGGUGCACAAAGAUUUCCGUUUGUGGCUCACAAGUCUGCCCAGCAAUAGGUUCCCAGUGUCCAUUCUUCAAAAUGGGACAAAGAUGACCAUUGAGCUGCCCAAAGGCAUCAAAGCCAAUCUACAGAAAACCUACCUGAAGCUCACAAAUGAUUUCAUCACUUCUUCCAACAAGGUAGCACACUUGAAGUCGUUGCUCUUGUCUCUGUGUUUGUUCCACGGAAUUGCUCUUGAGCGAAGGAAGUUUGGCCCUUUAGGCUUCAAUAUUCCAUACGAGUUCACAGAUGGCGAUCUGAACAUUUGCAUCAGCCAGCUCAAAAUGUUUCUGGACGAGUACCAGAAUAUUCCAUAUAAGGUUCUGAAAUACACUGCAGGAGAGAUCAAUUACGGCGGCCGUGUGACGGAUGAGUGGGACAGGCGCUGUCUUCUUAGUGUACUGGAAGAUUUCUACUGUCCUGCUGUGCUUAAUGAGGAACAUGUUUACUCCGAAUCUGGAGUUUACCGGCAGAUUGAGACAAAUGUGGAUAUCAAGGGCUACUUAGCAUACAUCCACAGUCUGCCCAUCAAUGAUACACCUGAGAUAUUUGGUCUCCAUGACAACGCUAACAUCAGCUUUGCCCAGAAUGAGACGUUCGCUCUGCUGGGAGCUGUGCUACGUCUCCAGCCUCGAACUGCAUCCGCUGGAGGCAAGACCUUGGAGGAGAUAGUGGAGGAGAUAGUAGCGGGCAUUGUGGUAAAGGUCCCAAAGCCUUUUGAUAUUCAGGAGGUGAUGGAAAAGUACCCUGUGCUCUAUGAAGAGUCCAUGAACACAGUCCUCAUCCAGGAGGUCAUCAGAUAUAACAAUUUGCUAGCUGUCAUCGCAAAGAGUCUCAGUGAUAUUGUGAAAGCUCUGAAAGGUUUAGUGGUGAUGUCAUCAGAACUGGAGCUUAUGGCCAACAGCUUGUUUAACAACAGUGUUCCUGAUAUGUGGAAGGCCAAGGCCUACCCCUCUCUGAAGCCUCUGGCAUCCUGGGUGUCUGACUUGCUUCGGAGGAUCGGUUUUCUUCAGGGAUGGAUCUCUAAUGGCAUUCCACCUGUCUUCUGGAUUAGCGGCUUCUAUUUCCCUCAAGCUUUUCUCACCGGAACCUUGCAGAAUUAUGCUCGGCGCUUCGGCAUCUCCAUAGACACCAUUGGAUUUGACUUUGAGGUUGUGUUGAAACCAGUGUCCGAUAUAAAUGAGAAGCCAGACAUAGGCUGUUACAUCAAUGGCUUAUUCAUCGAGGGUGCUCGCUGGGAUAAUGACGCUGCUCAGCUCACAGAGUCCAGGCCUAAGGAGCUCUACACGGAAAUGGCUGCCAUUUGGCUUAUCCCCACACCUAACCGGAAACCUCCAACCUCUGGGAUUUACAUCUGCCCCAUCUAUAAGACCCUAACGCGUGCUGGCACGUUGUCUACUACGGGUCAUUCUACCAACUAUGUGAUUGCAGUGGAGCUGCCUACAGAUCACACCCCUGGACACUGGAUCAAACGGGGAGUGGCCCUCAUUUGUGCUUUGGAUUAUUGAAAACACAUGUUGGCCACCAGUUGAUGUGUUUAAUAGCUUUUUCACAGCAACAAUACAUUAAAUAGAGCAGCUACAGUUAGUGUCAUCAUGCAAAAAAUGCAAACUAAUUCAUGCAAAACUUUGUAGAGGGGUGACGAAAAAACCCUGUGACAGUUUGGUGAGGCUCUGGAUAAAGGUGUGGAUACAGAACGUUAUUUAUCACAUUUGUACACCCCCCAAAAUUCUAAUGGCACCACUAAUUUGCAGAGGUGUGGACUGGAGUCACGCGACUUGAACUGGAGUCACACUCAAGCCACAAUUUUGAUGACUUUGGACUAGACUUGGCGAUAUCAUCAAAGACUUGCAACUCGUAUUGGACUUUGACGCCAAUGACUCGGGACUUGACACGGACUUUAGUCUGAUGACUUGAAAAUACUUGAGGUUUUCAGUGAGUGUGUUGAGUCAAAUGUGUCCCCAUUCAAUGUAUUCAACUAACGUGACCAUUGUUAUAUAAUUUCCAGCAAGACAACAGCUUUUCCCAUAGAAGCUGCCUUAUUGAAUGCAUCAAUUAACAUCCAAUCAGGUUUAAGAACAAAUGACAGUGUGGCUCGCAUUUCUGAGAGCGCCAGACUGCUGGAGAGUUGUAGAAAGCUAUUCACAUACACACACACACACACACACACAAAGUUAAUUAGAAAAAAACGUGUAUAUCUUCAACAUCUUCAGAAGUUUGUUUGCACUGGUUUGCACUAAAUCCCGAAUGCUAUGUCAGCACGCUUUUGUGACUAAGUCUUGUCACACUGGUCUUUAUUUAUUUAAAAAAUGCAACAAUUCAAGAUGCAUUCAUUGUGUUUGUCAAAUGUAAAGCAAGGCUAAUUUAUUUAUAGAGCACAAGGUCUCACAUCUUUUGGAAGAUUUACAGAUUUUGGCAGCAUAACACUGAAACGCAGUCUCACCGUGUUUAGUUCUGACUCUGGGCACCUGCAGAAAACCACUCCCCUGAGCUUCUCAGACCCCGAGAUGGUUCAUAUGGCUCUUAUUGUAACAUGUCAGAGAUGUACUUUGGCGCUAGACCCUGAAAAGUCUUGUACACAAGCAGAGGUGUUUUAAAGUCUGUUCUGUGUGGGACAGGAAGUCAGUGCAGAGACCUGAGCACUGGACUAAUAUGGUCAUAUGUCCUGGUUCUAGUCAGAAAAAGGCAUCACUAAACAGCACUUAUGACUUGUAAGGGCUCGAAAAUUUCAAGCCCCAAUUCGGACUUGACUCGACCUGUCUCGUCUCGACUUGGAUUUGCAUGUCUUUAUGUCAGAAUUUACUUAAGACGUACUUGAGACUUGCAAACACUGACUUUCUCCAACCUUGGC